UAUAGAUCGAUGACUAUUAUACUGAGCUUCAAUCCAUAAUACCAGGAGUGCAGAUAAUACCGAGUUUGAAAAUUGAGUAGAUUUAGCUAUCACGGUUUCAUAGUACAGCUGUCAGUGAGUGUAAUGAGGGGUAGAAUCUCCUUCCUUAGCCUGUUGCUCGUGAUCGUGUUUCAAGCCAGCCUUCUGAGGGUGGUAGGUGGAUCGUGCUUGCUGAACAGAAUUGAUGAGUAUCCUUGCCAGUUCAGACACCCAUCAAUCACAGACAAGCCAGGGGAAAAUGAGUAUGGAAUAUACAGCACAAAGAUAUUGGAUGGUCCGAUAUGCUCUAUUCGCCGUAAAAACCAUCAAGUGAGGAGCAUUCAAAACCUUGGUGAUGACCCUCGAGUGAAAUUCCUUUUCUCACCUGGUAUAGAGAUCGAGCCACCUAAUCAAUAUGGUAACCAAAUGAUAGUCAUGUACAAUGUCACAUGUCCUUCGAAUCAUGUUGCAUUCUUCAAUAUCACCGAUAUGAUUUUGGAGGAACCAAAUUGCCCUGUCGGAAUGCAGCAAAAAUGUGUGGACUAUGUACAAGUGGUACACGGUGAGAAUGGGGGGUUAGGAUCUUAUGAAAGUUGUGGCACUGAUCCCAGGCCGAAUUAUGAGCUCCUUAUCUUUGAAGGUAAUUUUCAAGUUAUCUUCCGUACCAGUAAGAACAACCGGUUUCCAGGGUUCAAAGCUGUAGUCACUUGUAUGGAUACAGAUGCUGCUGGUAUACAUAAGAGAUAUGCCACCAGAGAUUUUGUGAAAACUAUGUAUCUACCUCAAACGGAGGAGCAGAGAUUCCUUGUGUAUGACCUAACCACGGCCUUCUUUGAACAACCACUGGAGAAUCCCAAGGAGCGUCUGUGUGAUGAGGUGCUCAAUCCGCCACCCUUUGACCCUCUCAAUCUCCCCGUCAAUGACACAGAGGACGAUGAUUUCACCCUACCACAGUGCUCAAGACCAACCGCCAUUGCCAGGACGACUUGUAACUACAGUAAAGAGAGGCUGAGUAUGGCACUGGCUAACAGGGACUCUCCCAACAUUCUAGUGAGGACAGUGGUGGAUGCAGUUCUCUCGUGUCAUAGGCAAACGAACUCAUAUGGGGAACCACCAUACUGUCUGUUCAGCAGGGUACCGUGCACACCGAGAUAUCCAAAGAGAAUUAGAAUGCCUAAUGCAAAUGAGAUGGGGAUCUACACCACUAGAAUAACAACCGGAAGUUUUGGAGACCCCAUUUGUCAUAUACGGAGAAGAGGACAUCAGAUUCGUACAAUCCCGACGCUUGGUGAAAACAAGAAGAUAAAGUUUAUUUUCUCCCCGGGAAUUAGACUUGCUCCACCAGAAAACUAUGGCAACCAACAAUACGUUCUGUACAACAUCAGCUGCCCCAAGGGACACCUGGCAUUCUUCAACAUGACUAACAUUCAGCUGGAAGAGGCAAACUGCUUCAACCCAAAACAAAAUCGGAUGGUGUGUCGGGAUUAUGUGCGCAUUAUCAGACCAGGUUCUGGUAAAAGUACUGAAAGUUGUGGAAGUACAGUAACAAAUCAAAACCAGAAUCAACUAGAGCAAGGUACAAUGAGCAUUUUGUUCAGAACCAGUGCGUCCAAUACAUUCUCUGGAUUUGAAGCCACUGUCAUCUGCUUUAGACGUGAAGAUGCUGAUCAACCAGGUUGCACUCGACCGAGGCAACAUGACAGUGAAAUGACCACUCUCAGCUCGAGGCGCGAAAAGAGGAACCUUGAUGAAUUUGGAAUCAUGCCUAAUCCGGAAGAGAUGGUUGUUAUUGGCAACCUUACAAAAGCAAAGUACGCUCUGGUAACUGAAGACAGCAGUACUCGACUGGGUGAAGAGGAACUGAACCCUGCAUGUUCUGAUCUACUGGCGGACAUCAACGUGCAAUCCAUCCCUGGGGUAACCCCAAUUCCAAACUGUGUGCAGAGGCAAAAGAGACAGGAAAAAAUCGUGCUAAUCAGUGACAUGGUUGAGGACAGCGCUAUACUGAGUGCUAUCGAGAAUGAGAAUGCUUGCAAUCCUGUUCUUAGGAGUUUAGCAGAAGCUACUAUUGCCUUAGUAGAUAGAGAGAAUCCUCAACGUCUUACUGAACUGAGGAAAAGGAUUGCUGCCAACUCUUCCCCAUGAAGUGGCCCAGCCAAAAUUUCAUGAUACUCAAACAGAAGAAACUUAUCAGUGUGUGCAUAAUUAUUGGUAAAAACUUUAAUCUUGUGUACUUCUCAUCAUUGAUUUGUGCAAAUUCCAAUUUUGAGUGUAUGAAAAGUGCUAACACAAACAGA